UCCAACCGGCUGCGGGGAUGGGGCCGCUGCUCCCGCUUUUGCUGCUGUUGCUGCUUCCGCCGCCACUGCCUCGCGCUCUGCCCGCCCCCGCGUCUGCCCGCGGCCGGCAGCUCCCGGGGCGCCUGGGCUGCUUGUUUGAGGAUGGCCUGUGUGGAUCAUCGGAGGCCUGUGUGAACGAUGGUGUGUUUGGAAGAUGCCAGAAAGUUUCAACAAUGGACACAUACCAAUAUGAGGUGUCACCAGGAGUCCUCCUGCACCUGAGGGACACCUUACAGAAGCUCUCCCAGACAGGUUUCACGUGGCAAGAUGACUACACCCAGCGUGUGAUGGCCCAGGAGCUUGCAAACCUCCCCAAGGCCUACCCAUGGCAUAGAGACGCUUCCAGCCCAGCCAGGACCUUACAGCAGAAUGCUGAUAACGAAAAGUGGCUCAGCCUGGAGAGCGAAGUGGCCCUGGCCAAGACCCUUCGGCGCUAUCUGCCCUACUUGGGGCUUCUGUCCCAGGCCCCAACUGCGAAUGCACACCCCCGGACAGAACAUGAGACACACCCAGCCAAGGGUGAGGACUCUUUCCCUGAUAACAUCCUGACCUAUGUGGCUCACACUUCUGCACUGACCUAUCCUGCAACACGGGUUAAGUAUCCUGACAACCUUUUGCGGCUGCUUAGCAGGCUCCAGCCAGAUGAGCUCAGCCCCAAGGUAGAUAGUGAUGUGGACAAACAGCAGCUGAUUGCUGCCCUUGGUGCCUACACUGCUCAGAGGCCUCCCGGAGAAAAUGUUCCAGGGCCACAGUACCUUCUACAUAAUCCUGUGAGAUCAUCAAGACCCUUCUCAGCGCCUGCUGCUUCUCAGAGAUGGUCUUUCCCUCCGGGAGACUCCAAAGAUUCCCUGAGCAUGGGAGAUGACACACUCCUGCGACGUCUCCUAAAAGAUCUGCAGCAGCAAGCUGAAGUGGACCGCCUGGGCCCCCUGAAGUUUGAGGAGAUGGCAGACUCAAUUGCUGGAGUCAAACAAAGUGAUCUUGCAGCGGGAAGCCAAGAUAGUCCUGGGCGAGGGGCUGAAGGUCAGCCAAGAGAGCAGGCAGAUGCCCCAGAAGCAGUGCUUCAAGAUCACAGGCUAUCAGAGGUGGAUGAACCAGUGUACGAGGAGGUCAAUCGUCUGAGUGUCCAGCUUGGGGACCUCCUGAAAGACCAGGCGUCACCUCUAUCACCUGAAGUUCCCAUUCUGGAAAAGUCGUCCGGAGCAGAGAUCAAGAAGUCUGAGCAGCCUGAGGACGUCUUGUCUUCAGAAGAGGAGACUGCCGGGGUGGAGCAUGUUAGGAGCUGGACUUACUCCAAAGACCUGAUGGAGAAGAAGCCGUACUCAGAGCCCCAGGCCCAGAGACUUGAGAACCAAUUCCAAAACCGAGCUCCAGAGGUGUGGGAGGAGGAGCAAAGCCUCCACUCAGUGGCACAGGGACCCCCUAGCGGAGGUCUACAACUGGAAGUUCAGCCUUCUGAGGAGGAGCAGCAGGGAUACAUCCUCACAGGAAGCAACCCCCUAAGUCCAGAGAAGGGGAAACAGCUGAUGGAUGAAGUUGCCCACAUCCUCCGGGUGCCUUCCAGCUUCUUUGCAGACGUCAAAGUUUUGGGGCGAGCAGUGACCUUCAAAGUGAAUGCCAACAUCCAAAAUAUGACAACUGCAGAUGUCACCAAGGCCACAGUUGACAACAAAGACCAGCUGGAGAAGACAUCUGGGUUGACUAUCCUCCAGAGCGGAAUCAGACCGAAAGGCAAGCUCAAGCUUCUGCCCCAUCAGGAAGAGCAGGAAGACUCAACCAAGUUCAUUGUGCUCACCUUCCUCUCCAUUGCUUGCAUCGUGGUGGUUCUCCUGGCUUCCAGCCUUGCCUAUUGCCUCCGACACAACUCCCACUACAAGCUGAAGGAGAAGUUGUCCGGACUAGGUGGUGACCCCAGUGCAGAUGCCACUGAAGCCUACCAGGAGCUAUGCCGCCAGCGUAUGUCUGUCCGGCCACAGGAUCGGCCUGAUGGACCACACACGUCACGCAUCAACAGUGUCUCUUCCCAAUUCAGUGAUGGGCCAAUGCCUAGCCCUUCAGCUCGGAGCAGCACUUCAUCCUGGUCCGAGGAGCCUGUUCAGUCUAACAUGGACAUCUCUACAGGCCACAUGAUCCUGGCCUACAUGGAAGACCAUCUGAAGAACAAGAACCGACUGGAGAAGGAGUGGGAGGCUCUGUGCGCCUAUCAAGCAGAGCCCAACAGCUCACUUGUGGCCCAGAAAGAGGAGAAUGCAUCCAAGAACCGUUCCCUGGCUGUGCUGACCUAUGACCACUCCAGGAUCCUGCUGAAGUCACAGAACAGCCAUAGCAAUUCAGACUACAUCAAUGCCAGCCCCAUCAUGGACCACGACCCACGAAACCCUGCGUACAUUGCCACCCAGGGCCCACUUCCUGCCACUGUGGCUGACUUCUGGCAGAUGGUAUGGUGUGGGGAGAGUGGCUGUGCGGUCAUCGUCCAUGCUGACAACCCGCUUUCAGAGAAUGGCGUCCGGCAGUGCCACCACUACUGGCCUGAUGAAGGCUCCAACCUCUACCAGGUCUACGAGGUCAAUCUAGUCUCUGAACAUAUCUGGUGCCAGGACUUCCUGGUGAGGAGCUUUUACCUGAAGAACCUGCAAACCAACGAGACUCGCACAGUGACCCAGUUCCACUUCCUGAGUUGGUAUGACCAAGGAGUCCCUUCCUCUACAAGGUCGCUCCUGGAUUUUCGCAGAAAAGUAAACAAGUGCUACAGAGGCCGCUCUUGUCCAAUAAUUGUUCAUUGCAGUGACGGCGCGGGCAGGAGUGGAACCUACGUCCUGAUUGACAUGGUUCUCAAUAAGAUGGCCAAAGGUGCUAAAGAGAUUGAUAUCGCAGCGACCCUGGAGCACUUGAGGGACCAGAGACCAGGCAUGGUCCAGACAAAGGAGCAGUUUGAGUUUGCACUGACCGCCGUGGCUGAGGAAGUGAAUGCCAUCCUGAAGGCCCUUCCUCAGUAGGGCACUGAAGCUGGUGGGACCCUACCACAAGUGCUACCAGGACCACAGCCG